AUGCAAUCAAAUUCCUGUUCCUCCUUCUCUCACGAGUUCAAGUAUGACGUGUUCAUCAGUUUCAGGGGCUCCGGCUUCACCGGUAAUCUCUAUAAAGCUCUUUCUGACAAUGGAAUUCGAACCUUUAUUGAUGACAAGGAGCUUCAGAGAGGUGACAAAAUCACACCUUCGCUCCUCAAGAACAUUGAAGACUCGAGGAUUGCCAUUAUUGUCUUCUCUUCAAACUACGCUGCUUCUUCAUUUUGCUUGGACGAACUUGUCCACAUCAUUAACUACUUUAAGGAAAAGAGUCGCCUUGUUCUGCCAGUUUUCUAUGACACGGAACCUUCUCAAGUACGACAGCAGAACAACAGGUAUGGUGAAGCACUUGCUGAUUAUGAGAAAAGGUUCCAAAAUAACAAGGAAAAGAUGGAGCGGUUGCAAAAAUGGAAGAUGGCUCUUACCUACGCAGCUGACUUGUCUGGCUACCAUUACAAUUUCAGGAAAGAAGAAUAUGAAUACAUAUUUAUCAAUAAGAUAGUUACAGAGAUUUCCAGCAUGAUCAAUCGUGUUCUUUUACAUGUUGCCGAUCACCCCGUUGGGCUCAAAUCUCAACUACAGCAAGUAAAGUCGCUUCUGGAUGUUGACUCUGAUAAGGGAGUCUGUCUGAUUGGGAUAUAUGGAAGUGGAGGAUUGGGUAAAACAACACUUACUCGAGCAGUUUAUAAUAUGGUUGCUGAUCAAUUUGAAGUUGGGGACCUUGGGUGGCUCGGUCUUGGGAGCAGAGUCAUCAUUACCACUCGAGAGAAAUAUUUGUUAUCAUGUCACGAGAUUAAAAGAACAUAUGAAGUAGAUGGCUUAAAUGAGAAAGAAGCUCUUGAGUUGUUUAGGUGGAUGGCUUUUAAAUGGUGUGAAUAUACACAAGUUCAAGAGAUACUUCAUGCACAUUAUGGUCAUUGCAUAAAAAGCCACGCAGGGGUGUUGGUUGAUAAGUCUCUCAUAAAGAUAAAUGUUUAUGGUUAUGUGACAUUACAUGACUUGAUAGAGAAUAUGGGUAAAGAAAUUGUCCGACAAGAAUCACCCAAAGAGCCUGAAAAACGCAGUAGGUUGUGGUUUCAUGACGAUAUAGUUCAUGUUUUAAAAGAAAAUACGGGAACUAGGAAAAUUGAAAUGAUACAUUUGAAUUUUCCCUCAACGGAAAGAAUAAUAGAUUGGAAUGGAGAGGCAUUCGAAAAGAUGAUAAAGCUCAAAACACUCAUCAUUGAAAAUGGUCAUUUUUCUAAAGGUGCAAGAUAUCUUCCAAGUAGUUUGAGAGUAUUGAAAUGGAAUAGCUAUCAUUUGGAGUCUCUAUCAUCUAUGCUAUUGAACAAGAUGUUCGAGUAUAUGAAUGUUUUGACAUUUAAUGAUUUUCGAUUGGGUUUCUUAAUAAACUUGAAACCUUAA